AUGUCGGGUGAGUCGUACAUCUUCCUCCGAAACCUGGGAAUAGGCUCACAGAGCGUAGUGCAGCUGGUGGGAAACAUAUUCACCCAAGUGGUUGUCGCCCGAAAGACACGCAUCCUCGACCACCUCAACGUCCUCGCCCAUAGCCACGUUCACCCCUUUCCCGCCUUCACCACACGUUGGGCGCAAUGUUUCUCACACGAGAACAUUCCCAAUACGUCCGGCAGGCCUCGGCCCAGAGAGGAGUGCUUGCGGGUUAGCUACUGGACACUCUGCAACGCGGAGACUUUGGACGACUGGGCGCGGAACUGGAGAGCCACUUUCGCCACGGGCUCAUUUGGCGUCGAGCAGCACCUGUUUCCUGUCAAUCUGAUAGCACGCGCCAUCAGCCAGGCCAGCCAGACUCUCCAAAUCAUGUACCACGCCGGCGCGUAG